CGAAACAACAUGGGAACGGUGGCCAGCUGGUGCUGCGGCGUCGCCGCCCCCGACCCGACCUGUGAGAGCUUAUUGCGCUACUCCAAGGCGACCAACGUACCGGCGCUCGUCGAGAUUGAGCGCGACGCCAUGCGCGACUUCCACGCCAAGUUCCUCCUCGGGCGCAAGCUCGGCGCUGGCGCAUAUGCCACCGUCUACGAGUGCGGCGAGGUCGCGACCAAGAAGCAGUACGCGUGCAAGGUGUACGCACGCCACGGCCUGGACGCGGGCGCGCUCGAGUGCGCCUUGACCGAGCCGUACCUGCUCAAGCGCAUGUACCACCCCGGCAUUUUGCGCUGCCGCGGCUUUUACAAGGAGCCGACGACGUACGUGCUGGUCAUGGAGGAGCUCACGGGCGGCGACAUCUUUGCCAAGCUCCACGAAAGCAAAGAAAAGCUCACCGAGCGCGACAUUUGCCGGCUCGUCAAGUUGCUCCUCGAAGCGCUGGCCUACAUGCACGCCCGCGACGUUGUCCAUCGCGACCUCAAGCUGGAAAACCUCAUGCUCGAGUCGACGGGCGAGAACGCAGCCCUCAAGAUUGUCGACUUUGGCUUUGCCGUGCAGUUGCCGUCCAAAGACGCCGUCUUGACCGAGGUGCUCGGGACGCCCGGGUACAUGGCCCCGGAAGUGAUCCAGGGCCAGCCCUACAGCACGCCGUCCGAUGUGUGGAGCGCCGGCGUCAUCGUCUACACGCUCCUCUGCGGGUACCCGCCGUUCCACCACGACGAGAUCCAAGACGUCCAGAAGCUCUUUCGGUGCAUUUGCUACGGCUACUUCUUCUUCGACGUGCCGUACUGGGACGACAUCUCCACCGAGGCCCAGGACCUUGUGCGACGUAUGCUGCGCGUCACACCCGCCGACCGCGCGACGGCCGCUGCGCUGCUCGACCACCCGUGGUUCAAUGUCCACGCGGCGCUGCCCGAGACCAAGACGGAGCCGCUGGACGUGCUCCGGGCGCUCAAGCCGCUGCAGUCGUUCCAGCGCAUCAUGAAGUCGCGGCUGUCGGCCAACCACGCGCGCGACCACGCGCACGCAAUGGCUUCGCUGGUCGCCUCCAAGCUGUCGCAGGUCGAGGCGACGACGGCACCGAUCGCGAUCGACCUCCGCCGCUCGACGCUGCUGCCGACGGCCCGCGGCGGCAUGGCGCCACCGACGCCGUAAUCACACUUACGGAGCUUGUCUUUGCA